CGGGAACUCUGUCGGCGCCGUUGGUCCCCUGCAUUUUCCUUCCUGGGCAGCAGCAGACAGGAUGGCCGAGGAGGCUGCAGUGGCUGUCUGUGUUCGUGUGCGACCCCUCAACAGCAGAGAAGAAGAACUUGGAGAAGCCUCCCACAUUUAUUGGAAAACCGAUAAGAAUGCUAUUUAUCAGAGCGACGGGGGUAAAUCCUUCCAAUUUGAUCGUGUCUUUCACAGUAAUGAGACCACUAAGAAUGUGUAUGAAGAGAUCGCGGUGCCAAUCAUCAGCUCUGCCAUACAAGGCUACAACGGUACCGUCUUUGCCUAUGGGCAAACUGCAUCCGGGAAAACACAUACCAUGAUGGGCUCUGAAGAUUGUUUGGGAGUUAUUCCCAGGGCAAUUCAUGACAUUUUCCAAAGGAUUAAGAAGUUUCCUGAGAGAGAGUUUCUCCUACGGGUUUCUUACAUGGAGAUCUACAACGAAACCAUUACAGACUUACUCUGUAAUACUCAAAAAGUGAAACCUUUGAUAAUUCGGGAAGACAUCAAUAGGAAUGUAUAUGUUGCUGACCUCACAGAAGAAGUGGUUUAUACAGCAGAAAUGGCUUUGAAAUGGCUUGCAACAGGAGAGAAGAACAGACAUUAUGGAAUAACCAAAAUGAAUCAAAGAAGCAGUCGUUCUCAUACAAUUUUUAGGAUGAUUUUGGAGAGCAGGGAAAAGGCUGAGUCUUCUAAUUGUGACGGGUCUAUCAAGGUAUCUCAUCUGAAUUUGGUUGAUCUUGCAGGCAGUGAAAGAGCUGCUCAAACAGGAGCUGAAGGUAUGCGAUUGAAGGAAGGCUGUUACAUAAAUCGGAACUUACUUAUUUUAGGACAAGUGAUUAAGAAACUUAGUGAUGGGCAGGUUGGUGGUUUCAUAAAUUACCGAGAUAGCAAGUUAACACGAAUUCUUCAGAACUCCUUGGGAGGAAAUGCGAAGACUCGUAUCAUCUGCACAAUCACUCCAGCAUCGCUUGAUGAAACGCUGACCACACUCCAGUUUGCCAGCACUGCCAAGUACAUGAAGAAUACUCCUUAUGUUAAUGAAGUGUCAAAUGAUGAAGCUCUCUUGAAAAGAUACAGAAGAGAAAUAGUGGAUCUUAAAAAACAAUUAGAGGAGGUAAAUACAAAGACUCGGGCACAGGAAAUAGAAAAAGACCAACUGGCCCAGCUCCUGGAUGAAAAAGACUUGCUUCAGAAAGUUCAGGAUGAGAAAAUUCAGAACCUGAAGCGGAUGCUGGUGACAUCGUCUUCUAUUGCACUGCAGCAGGAACUAGAGAUUAAGAAGAAACGCAGGGUUACGUGGUGCUUUGGCAAAAUGAAGGAUUCAAACUAUGUAAAGGAAUUUAAAAUUCCAACAAACAUAACAACGAGAACACGUAAAACUUCCGUGACUCCUUUGAGAGAAAAUUCUCUCAUGAAGUUGGGAGAGAGCGCACUGUCCUGGGAGUCUGAAGUGUUCGAUAACACACUCGAGCCAUUGGCUGAGGCAGAGUGGAGCUCAGCAACAGCCCUCCUCAGUGAGGAAAACUUAGAAAGUGAGUUGACCUCACUUAAUACUCAAUAUAAUAAUCUAGUAUUAGACUAUGAACAGCUAAGAAGAGAAAAUGAAGACUUGAAAUUGAAAUUAAAAGAAAAAAAUGAGUUAGAGGAAUUUGAGUUUCUAGAACAAAGAGAAGAAAAAGAUCAAGAGCUACAACUAAUGCAUGAAGUUUCCAACUUAAAGAAUUUAAUUAAACAUGCAGAAGAAUAUAAUCAAGAUCUUGAGAACGAACUGAGUUCAAAAGUGGAGCUUCUUAAAGAGAAAGAGGACCAGAUUAAGGAGCUGCAGAGAUACAUAGACGCCCAAAAGUCAGAAACGACAAAGACAGACCUGUCAUACUCAUCGGAAGCCACUGAAGACCUGAAACAGGCAAUGCGCACUCUGUCUGAUCUGGACACAGUGGCCCUGGACGCCAAGAGGGAGUCCGCCUUCCUUAGAAGUGAGAACCUGGAGCUGAAGGAGAGAAUUAAUGAACUUUCAGAUUCUUGUAAGCAAAUGGAAAAUGACAUUCAGAUGUAUCAACGCCAACUGGAGGCAAAAAAGAAAAUGCAGACUGAUCUGGAUAAGGAAUUACAGCUGGCUUUUCAAGAAAUAUCCAAACUCAGCGCCUUGGUAGAUGGCAAAGGUUUAUUGUCUAAUUUGGAAUUGGAGAAAAGAAUUACUGAUCUCCAAAAAGAACUAAAUAAAGAAGUUGAAGAGAAAGAAACUUUGCAAAAAGAAGUUCACUUGCUGUCAGAGUUGAAAUCUUUACCAUCUGAGGUGGAGACGCUGAGGAGAGAGCUUCAUGAGAAAUCCGAAGAGCUCUGUGUAAUAACAACAGAAAGAGAAAAACUGUUUUCUGAAAUGGCUCAUAAAGACAGUAGAAUUCAAGGUUUACUUGAGGAAAUUGGAAACACGAAAGAUGACCUUGCAGCUUCCCAGUUGAGCCAGAGGAGCAGCGAUGAGGAGUGCCAAGCACUGAAAAGCCUACACGUGGAGCUCAAGCACAGACAAGAGGAGGUCCUGGAGGAGAGUGAGAGGGUGAAGCAGGAGCUUUCUCAGAAGACUCAAGAGCUCGAACAGAAAACAGCUGAGGGUCAAGAAAUGCUAAAUCAAAUGGAGGAACUGAGAGAAAAGUUAGAAAGGAGAGAUUCCAGCCUGCAGUCUGCAGAGAAGGAGAAAAAUCUGCUCACUGAGAAGCUGCAGCAAACCUUGGAGGAAGUAAGAGCUUUAACCCAAGAAAAGAACGACCUAAAGCAGCUCCAGGAGAGCCUGCAGACUGAGAGGGACCAACUCAGAAGUGACAUCCAGGACACUGUGAACAUGAACAUAGAUACCCAAGAACAGUUACUAAAUGCUCUUGAGUCUUUGAAACAACACCAAGAAACAAUUAACAUGCUGAAAAUGAAAGCUACUGAGGAAAUGUCGGAUCAUUUGCCUAUAAAGGGCAGGGAAGGAUCUAGCGAUGAAGUUGAGCAAAAGCUGGAUGGCAUAGAUGAAGAGAAUCUGCUGGCUGAAAGUGCCCACACAGUGGUUGGGGGUGGUGAGGACCAUGGGGAAACUGAGGAACAGAGGAAAAUCGACUCUCUACUGCAGGAGAAUAGCGGACUGCAGCAGACACUGGAAAGUAUUAUAGCAGAAAAGGAACAAUUGAAGAUGGACCUAAAGGAAAAUAUUGAAAUGAGUGUGGAAAACCAGGAAGAGUUGAGAAUUCUUAGAGAUGAACUUAAAAGGCAACAAGAGAUAGCUGCACAGGAAAAGGAUCAUGCCACAGAGAAGAGUGAAGAGCUCUCCAGGGCACAUGAGAGAUUGGCAGAAAUAGAAGAAAAGUUAAAGGAAAAGAACCAGAAACUCCAAGAGACACAGCAGCAACUUGUUAGUAUACAAGAAGCUAUGAGUGAGAUGCAGGCCAAGGUGACUGACGUGGAGAACUUACAGAAUGAAUUCAGGAACCAAGCAUUGGCGUUGGAACGUGUGGAAACAGAGAGACUGGAGUUAGCUCAGAAACUUCAUGAAAAUUAUGAGAAGAUGGAGUCUAUCACCAAGGAAAGAAACGAUCUAAAAGAAUUACAGGAGUCAUUUGAAAUAGAGAAAAAGCAACUUAAAGAAUACGCAAGAGAAAUGGAAUCUGCGAGCCUACAAACAAAAGAACAACUAAACAUUGCCCAUGCAAAUCUAAAAGAAUACCAAGAAAUCAUCAAAGAGCUAAGAGGAAGCAUUUCUGAAAAAGAAGCUCAAGCAUCAAGCACCCAGCACACAGGAAAAACCAACCCUGCAUCACAAGGAGAGAUCCCAGUGCCGCGAGAGCAAGAGCUACUUCCUGAUGCGAAAGAAGCCAGGGACAGUGCAGAAAAGGGGAAUGAACUGGAGCCAGUGGAAGAACAUUCCAGAACAGUGCAUUCAUUAACAACGGAGGGCAUAGAAAUAGAAAUCCUUGGACUGACCAAGAAACUUGAAGAAAGUCAGAAGGAGAUAAGCUGUCUCACUAAAGAGAGAGAUGACCUGAGACGAACACAGGAAGCACUGCAGGUCGAAUGUGCCCAGCUGAAGGACGAUGCCAGAAGAACUUUGGCUAAUCAUCUAGAAACUGAAGAGGAGCUAAGCCUUGCUCGUUGUUGCCUGAAAGAGCAAGAGAACAAAAUUGACUCCCUAAUAGUGAGCCUCUCCCAGAAGGAAGCUGAGCUGUCGAGCGUGCGGGUGCAGCUGGAGGUGACCACUGGUGAACUAGAGAGAAAGGUUCAAGAACUCUGUGAGAAACAGGAACAACUUAAUAUAAAAGAAACUAGUGAGGCUCAAGGGAAGAUGAGUGAACUUGACCACAUCAGGGCGCUUCUCCUUACCAAGGACUCAGCACUGCAGAGUGUAGAGAGUGACAGACUCCGGCUGAAUAAACAACUUGAAGAAAGUCAAGAGGAAAUAAAAAUUCUAAUUAAGGAAAGAGAAGAGCUGAGAAGAGCACAAGAGGCCCUUCAUGUGGAGAGGGAGCAGCAGCAGGAGAGCAUUAAGGAGAUCAGCACUAGGCUGCAAGAACUUCAGGACAAAGAGUAUGAAUAUCUUGUGAUGAAGACUCUUAAUGAGACUCAAGGAAAUAAAUUUGAAGACUUAAACCAGCAGUUGGAGGCCCAGAAGUCAAGUCUGGAAAAGGUGGAAAUGCAGAAUGUAAACUUGACUCAGAGACUUAAUGAAACCCUUGAAGAAAUGAAAUCCGUAGCAAAGGAAAGAGAUGAGCUUCGCAGUGUGGAGGAGCGCCUCACAGCAGACAGAGACCAGUUGAAGAAGAGCCUUGAAGAGACAACAACUAAAAACCAAGAACUCCAGGAAAAAGAACAUCAGCUUUCUCAAGUAAAGGCUGAUCUCAGAGAAACAAUGGACCAAAUGGAGCAAUAUAAGGAGCAGCUCGAAGCCCAGAAUUCAACUCUGGAAAGCAUAGAAAUAGAGAAGUUAAAACUGACUCAACAACUUAAUGAGAACCUUAAAGAAAUGACACUAGUCACUAAGGAAAAUGAUGACCUAAAAAUUAUGGAUGAAGCCCUCAGAGAAGAGCAAGACCAACUAAGGGAAAGUCUGCGACAAACAGAAGCAAGUGAUCUGGAAAAGCAAGAGAAACUAAGAAUUGCUCACCUGGAUCUGAAAGAGCACCAAGAAACCAUCGAGAGACUCGUGGGAACUGUGGCUAAGAGGACAGAGGAAGUGUCAGACAUGAAGAUGGAGCGGAAGGCAAACACUAAAUUACAGGAGAAGGUUCAAGAACUUAAGGCAAGUGAGCUUCAACUUCUUAAGUUAAAAGUGGAUGCCGGUGAAACCAAGAAGCAGCUCAAGGAGCAGGGCUUAGCUCUGAGUAAGAUAGAGAUGGAGAAUUUAAAUCUGGCUCAGCAGAUUCACCAGAACCUUGAAGAAAUGAAAUCUAUAACAAAAGAAAGAGAUGAUCUAAAGAGAAUUGAGGAGCUACUCAGGAUGGAGAGAGACCAGCUCAAGGACAGCCUAAGAGAAGCCACGUUUAAGGCCCAUCAGAACUAUGAAGAGACAAUGCAAUAUGGAAAGGGGUUACUAUGUGGUGGAGAACAGCACUGUACAGGAAGACUUCGAGAAAAGUGCCUCAGGAUAGAAAAACUCCUGAAAAGAUACUCAGAAAUGGCUAAUGAUUACAAGUGCUUGAAUGGAUUCUCUCUUGACUUGGAGAAAGAAACUAAAACCCAAAAGGAGCUGUCAGUUACUAUAAAAACAAAGCUCUCACUUCCAUACACACAAACCAAAGAGAUUGAAAAGCUUCUUACUACAAACCAGAGAUGUUCCAUGGAAUUCCACAGAAUCCUGAAGAAACUUAAGUAUGUGUUAAGCUACAUUACAAGGAUAAAGGAAGAACAGCAUGAGUUCAUCAAUAAAUUUGAAAUGGCUUUUAUUCAGGAAGUAGAAAAGCAUAAUGAAUUGCAAAUUAAAAUACAGAGCAUUUCACAGACUUCCGGUAUUCCAUCCAGAGAUUCACAGAGCAAACUGAGCCAGGAAAUGGAUCUCCACAUUGAGGAAAUUCUCAAAGACUUUUCAGAAAAUGACUUCCUCGCCAUAAAAACUGAAGUCCAACAAGUACUAAGUAAUAGGAAAGAAAUAACUGAGUUUUUGGAAAAAUGGCUAAAUACUCUUUUUGAUACAGAAAAUCUUAAAAGUAGCAUCCAAAAAGAAAACAAAAGCAUCAGCCUAGUGAAUAACUUCUACCAUAGCAAAAUCACUGCCAUGGUAAAUGAAUCGACGGAGUUUGAGGAGAGAAGUGCUGCCAGAGCCAAAGAUUUGGAGCGUCACCUGAAGGCGCUGACAGAAACAACUGAGCAACUGUCUAAAGUCUACCAGUCACUGACUGUCUCCCGGUCCAUUGUGUGUCCUUCCACACAGGACAGCAAGGAUCCUCGUGUUGCAUUGGAAGCUGAACAACUGACCUCAAAGGACAAAAAUGCUUUAGGAGCUGUGCCCUAUAAAGAAGAAAUUGAGGAUCUCAAAAUGCAGCUGGUGAAGAUUGACCUAGAGAAGAAGGCAAAAGCCAAGGAAUUUGAAAAGGAAAUGCUUGCUAUAAAAGCCACUGUUGAACAUCAAGAAGAAGUGAUAAGGCUACUGAGAGAAAAUCUUAGAAGAAAUCAGCAGGCCCAGGAUACCUCAAUACUCUCAGAACAAGACUCGCGUCCUCUGAGGAAACCUCUAACCUGUGGAGGUGGCAGCGGCAUUGUACAAAGCACAAAAGCUCUUAUUUUGAAAAGUGAAUAUAAAAAGAUGGAAAGUGAAAUUUCUAAGUUAAAGCAACAAAAUGAGCAGCUAAGAAAGCAAAAGAAUCAGCUGUUAUGUGAUAACUCCCAGCUCUCCAAGGAGGUGAAGAGCUGGGAGGAGAGAACGCUCAGAAGAGACAGUUACAGAGAAGGCUCUCCUGAGAACCCUCCAAAGUCUCCUGCAGUGAUUGGGACGGCGUCCAAGAGGAGACAGAACACAGCUUCCCAGUGCAAGGAGCGAAAUUUCCAGGAUCCGGUGCCAAAAGAUUCCCCAAAAUCUUCGUUUUUCGAUAGCCGGUCAAAGUCUCUACCAGCACCUCCCCCAAUCCGCUAUUUUGAUAACUCCAGUCUAGGGCUGUGCCCAGAGGAACCAGCUGAAAUAGAGAAUGUGGACCCUAAGGCAAACCUUUGUCAGGCCUCUUCAGGGAAAGAUGUGUCCGAGUGCAAAAUGCAGUAGACGCCCCUCGAAGCGCCCUGUGGAGCGGCUCUCUUCGCGUGUCCACCCUGACAGCGACGUUGAGUCCAGCUUCACGUCAGUCUGAUUUUCACAUCUAAUUAGAAGAUGGAGGAGCAAGAAACAGAUUGGUUGCAGUUACUUAGAAUGGUGGCCGCACUUCCUUCUGCUUGCAUUUGUGACUGUUAAUUAUUUAUAUAUUGUAAAGAGUCUUUCCAUAUGGGCAUAAUGUGGAUACAUUUCAUUAAAGUUAUUCAUAUAUGACUUAGAAAA